AUGGGUCGAGCUGGAAUCCAUGUUGAGCACGCCAUUGGAAAUGCAGACUACAAGAUUUGUCAGAGGGCUUGUGCGUAUGCCUUAGGAAGUCCAGUAGCUGUCGUUGCAGAAGACUCUGAUGUUUUCCAGUUGCUAGUUCACCACACAGAUCCUGCUGCUAGUGAUGUAUACAUGGUCGCUGCAAAACGAACUGUCCGCGCUAGCACCAUCAAUCGCAGAGUGGAUGUUAAGCUGUCAGAGUCUCUUCUUUUUCUGCAUGCUGUUAGCGGCUGUGAUACGACCUCAAGGCCACAUGGAAUCGGGAAAGUGGGGGUUCUGAAGAAAUAUGCUGCCCUGGCAGAAAGUGCUGCAAUGUUUAUGGCAAGCGAGUCUUCAAAAGUGGCCCUAGAAACAGCUGGCGAAAGGGCCGUACUCAUCAUGUAUGGAAGCCAA